GGAAAAUUCUGGAAUUAUCAGCCGGUUGAAGUUCUAAUUACGCAGGUGAUUGUACAAGGGUCAGUUGCUCCAUGGAUUUGCCCUCUACAUCAUCUCAAGGGGGUGGCAAUGAAGUUGUUCGUUCGAACACGGUUAUUAAGAGAACUAAACUCGUUCGAGGUAUAAAGAGUCUGUUAUAUUCAUUCGGCUAUGAUAGGAAAGGGAAGAGUCUCGAGAAAGGUCCCGGAAUAGAGUUGCAUAAAGAACUAGUAGAUUUGUUUAUCGAACAAAUAAUUGAUGGUAAAUGUGAUGAAAGUCAAUCUACACUGCUUGAUAUUUGUAAAGAUGCUGACAAGAAAUCCUUGCUUAUAUUGGAGCGAAAAUUUUACGAACUUUUAUCUGAUGACAAAGUCAUAGAAGCUUGUAAGACUCUCGGGCUCGAGAUCGCUCCACUUGAUAACAGUGAUGAAAUAACUCGUGAGCACUCUACUCUGAUUAUAUCUCCAUCCGAGAAUUUAUGCGGUCAAGAAUCGGGAACCAGGUCUCGAAAGAGAGUAUUAAAGAAUUUAGGAAAUCUGUUUCUCCCAAAAAAAUCAUUGAAGCCUAAUCAUCCACUUGUAAAAGGCAAGGUUCCGUAUAAAACUGUACAGACAUUAAUGAGUCACGGGCCGGGUGAAGUGUGGUUCACGCAAUUUUCUCACUGUGGGAGAUACUUGGCUGCUACCAGUGGCAAUGAUGUGAACAUCUGGGAGUUUCGGGAGUCUGGCGAGAUUACGCGUCUGAAUCCAUUAGUGGGCCACGUCCAACCUGUGUCGUAUAUUACAUGGAGAAUAUCCAAUGAUUUUCAACUUCUGACCUGUGGUGUAGAGGAGAACGUGAAGCGGUGGAAAAUUUCUCCCACAGGAGACGUCUUCUGUCUCCACACGUAUCGAAAAGAGAAUCUUGGUACAGUCUCGUGCGUGUGGGACCGAAAUGGGGAGAGUAUAUUCGCAGGUCUUAAUAACGGCAGUAUUAUCAAGUGGAAUCUAGAAGGAGAAGAGGUUGGAUUAUGGGACGGCACUAGGACCACGAUGAUUGCUGACCUGGCAAUCACUCUUGACGGGAGUGAGCUCAUAACUACCUGUGAGUACGAUACGAUACUUUUCUUCCGAUGGGAAGACGAGGCCGAGAGAUUCAUCUACGAAGAUGCCGAUAUAGUUUCGUUUUCAAUGUCGGAAGAUGGUCGUUAUUUGCUUGUUUGCUUGGCCGAUGAAAGAAUUAAUCUGUGGGACAUACGAGGUGAAAAUCCGUGGUGGGUGAUGACUUACGAGGGGUAUAGAUGUAAUAGAUACGUUGUGAGGGCUUGUUUUUGUGGACAGUUUAUUGCCAGUGGAAGCGAGGACUCCAUGGUACACAUAUGGUGUACGGUAACGGGAAGGCAGAUUAGUCAGUUUGUUGGUCAUUCGGGCACUGUGAACUGUGUGAGCUGGAAUCCAGCUCGUCCACUUAUGCUGGCUUCUGGAGGUGACGAUCAUAUCGUACAAGCAUGGGAUUUUGAUCCCUACGAUUAUCUGAGUGCUUUGGCAAGAGAAUUUGAUUUCUGGAGUCUGGUGCAAUUCAAUCAAAGGAGGAAUGAAGAGAUGGAUCAAUAA